CCCUCCCUCCUCUCUCAAUCCUCCACCGCUGGCCCCGAGACAGGGGAGAAACUCCAGCGGCGUUAAGUUGCUGUUAUACCGGCCGGAAACAAGCGGAAGACUCCGCCGCUCUCCUUCGGCCCCGUAGUUUGUCUCUCUUUUUUUUUUCUUUUUUUUUUUACCGGUUGUCGCCUUGGAAGAAAAUGGACACACGAAGAAGAAGAAGAAGAAGUGGUCACACAGUCAGGAUGAAAGACGCUGAAAGUUAAAGGACCUUUUUGGAAUAAGAGCUCGACUCCAAAGAUGAGUCCGGCCCUCGGCUCAUUUCAUCCAUCUUCACCCCGUCGUUGUGUCUUUAGAACUUUGAUAUCUGCAACAAGACCUGCAGUCAUGCCCUUGUGAUGCUACAGGACGUCCACUGCCCUUCCCGUAUCCCGUUCCUGUCGUCUGUUUCCAGGACACGUCUUUCUAUUCGGACCCUGUCCUCCUGAACCCCCUCCCCUCCCACCAUCCACCUCAUCACCACCACCACCACCACCACUACCACGCUCUCCCUCCCCGUCCUGAGUUCCUGGGCCAUGAUUCGCAAGAGAGGCUCUCUCAUUUUCUGUGGCGCCUUCCUGUUCGUCACCUGGAACGCCAUACUGGCGCUCCUGCUGUGGAGCCGCCCCCAGACCAACCAGCCCGGCCGGGAGCAGGGCGAAGGGGCCGAGGGCCCCACGGACGACGUGGUGGGCGACGUGCUCCGGAUGGCCGACGCCUUCGAGGUGGAGCUCGAGAGGCAGAAAGAAAUCCUGCUGCAGAUCCAGAGUCACAAGUCUCUGUGGGAGCCGCUGCUCAGAGGUGGAAGGAAGGUCGUCGUCACCCCCCCACCUCAGCCUGUCAUCCCCAUCCUGGUUAUCGCCUGUAACCGGGUCACCGUGAGGCGCUGCGUGGACAAGCUCCUGCAGCACCGUCCGUCUGCGGAGCUCUACCCGAUCAUCGUGAGUCAAGACUGCGGACACGCCGACACGGCCGAGGUGAUCCGCUCCUACGGAGAUAAAGUCACUCACCUGAAGCAGCCGGACCUGUCGGACGUGUCCGUGCGCCCGGAGCACAAGAAGUUUCAGGGCUACUACAAAAUCUCCAGGCAUUACCGCUGGGCUCUCAACCAAGUGUUCAAGACCCUUUCUCAUUCCUCUGUUGUGAUUGUAGAGGAUGAUCUGGAGGUGGCGCCAGACUUCUUUGAGUAUUUCCGCGCCUCGUUGCCGCUCCUGAAAUCCGACCGCAGCCUGUGGUGUGUGUCUGCCUGGAAUGACAAUGGCAGAGAUGGGUACGUGGAUCCCGGCCAGGCCAACCUGCUGUACCGGACGGACUUCUUCCCCGGCCUGGGGUGGAUGCUCCUCAGGGAAGCGUGGGAGGAGCUGGAGCCCAAGUGGCCCGCUGCAUUCUGGGACGACUGGAUGCGUCAGCCCGAGCAGCGCCGCGACCGAGCCUGCAUUCGCCCAGAGAUCUCGCGGACGUUGACUUUCGGGCGUCAGGGCGUGAGCCUGGGCCAGUUUUACGACAAGUACCUACGCUACAUUAAGCUCAACGCUGAGUUUGUGCCUUUCACCAAAUUAGACCUGAGUUACUUGAAGGAGGAGACGUACAGAGACAAGUUUGAGAAGGAAGUUUACAGUGCUCCCGUGGCUACGUAUGAAGAUGUGAAGCAGGGGCAGCUAAAGGGGCCGGGGCCCUUCCGCCUUCAGUACUCGAGUAAGGACAGCUUCAAAAUGAUGGCCAAGAACCUGGGAAUCAUGGACGACCUGAAGUCUGGAGUCCCGAGGACAGGGUACAGAGGGGUGGUCAGUUUCAUGUCCAGAGGGAGGAGAAUCUACUUGGCGCCACCUCCAGGAUGGACUCAGUAUGACCCCACCUGGAGCUGAGGAUCUGGAACAAGUCUCUGUACAGAAGAUUUUUUUAAAUCUCUAAAUGUCCGGUUGGGGAAAACAUUCCAGACCAAAUAGGAAAAGGGUUUGUGCUCGAGUCCUUUGUCCGUGGUACAGAUGAGAUUGUCCCUUUUUUUUUGGUGUAGGGGUUGUUGCCAAUGCUACUCAGGACUUUUUCAUUAUUUCUUCUUACAGGCCAAACGAUGUAUUAGACAAAUCUGCUGUAAUUUCGCCAGAGAUCUAUUUUUUAUAUGAUGCUAAUCGUGCACAUAACAUUCAUCGAUGCGUUUGCAAUGCAAUUACCUAGUGUGCCACUUUAAAUUAUUUGCAGUCGUAGUCUUUGUGUCCUGUUCAUGUGCGGUAACAGAAAUGAGGAGGCAGUGGUGUGACUGUUCAUCUGUAGCUGCAGCAUAAUCUGACAUCUGAUCCAGAACCAGUUCUUCCUGCUCACGUUGUUAUGUCCGAUCAUCUAGUUUGAUUCUUCAGUAUAAUACUACCUGUCAGUUUGUUUCCUUUGCAAACCACUACACUUGUGUACUUGUAUGUUUUUGGAAUAAAAAAUAAUGAAUACACAUCCA